CCUCUCCUAGUGAUAUCGGGGGCAAAAUUAUAUUUCUUAGGGGCAGUUUUGCCCUUUGCCCUCGUGUACAACCUCCAGCUGUGGACCUGAGCCGGCCCCAGCUGUGGACCUGAGCUCCCAUCAUGUGUCUCCUUUUGUGUUUGCAGGAUGUUGGAGUACCAGCAGCAGAUAACCACCCUGGAGGGAGACUGUCGGGAACUGAGGAGCUGCCUUCAGGACCUGGAGAGGGCGAACCAGACCCUGAAGGAUGAAUAUGACGCCCUGCAGAUCACCUUCUCUGCUCUGGAGGAGAAGCUGAGGAAGACCACAGACGACAACCAGGAGCUGGUGUCUCGUUGGAUGGCAGAGAAAGCUCAGGAGGCCAACAAGCUGAACGCAGAGAACGAGAAGGACACCAGACGCAGACAGGCCAAACUGCAGAAGGAACUGGCCGACGCAGCCAAAGAGCCUCUUCCCAUCGAGCCGGACGACGACAUCGAGGUUCUGGCAGAGGACGGAGGGAAGGGGGCCGGAGAGACCUCACCGAAGAGACCGCUCAGCAGAACUCCCAGUAAGAGAACUUCCCAGCCUCCUCCUGGUGGUCUGCUGGACUCCAUCUCCAACAUAUUUGGCGUGUCUGAGUCUGUCAAGUCUGGACUCGCCCCCCCGCUCUCCAGGCGUCGACCUGCCAACUCUUUCAGCUCCUCACCUGAACACCCUGAAGCCCCGUCUGGAGUGUGUGCAGAGGUUCGAGUCCCUUCAACAGCUCUGCAUGUGUUUGAAGCUCAUGACGGUGAGGUAAAUGCAGUGAGGUUCAGCCCUGGAUCUCGUCUCCUAGCAACAGGAGGGAUGGACCGCAAGGUCAAGCUGUGGGAGGUCGUCGCAGGUCGCUGUGAGCCUAAAGGCGCUCUGACUGGCAGCAACGCUGGAAUCACCAGCAUCGAGUUCGACAGCGCUGGCUCUUACCUGCUGGCGGCCUCCAAUGACUUUGCCAGUCGUAUCUGGACUGUAGACGACUACAGACUGAGACACACUUUGACGGGUCAUAGUGGGAAGGUUCUGUCAGCUCGCUUCCUAUUGGACAACGCUCGCAUUGUCUCCGGGAGCUAUGACCGAACACUCAAACUCUGGGACCUCCGCAGCAAAGUCUGUAUGAAGACGGUGUUUGCUGGUUCCAGCUGUAACGACAUCGUGUGCACGGAGCAGUGCGUCAUGAGCGGACACUUUGACAAGAAAGUUAGAUUCUGGGACAUCAGAGCAGAGAGUAUAGUUCAGGAGCUGGAGCUGUUUGGCAGAGUGACAUCUCUGGACCUGAACCACGACCGCACAGAGCUGCUCACCUGCUCCAGAGACGACCUGGUGAAGAUCAUGGACCUGCGCACCAACGCUGUCAGACAGACGUUCAGUGCUCAGGGCUUCAAGUGUGGAGCCGAUUGGACCAGAGUCACCUUUAGUCCUGACGGCAGCUACGUGGCCGGUGGAUCAGCUGAUGGAGCUCUGUACAUCUGGAACGUCCUGACGGGGAAAGUGGACCGGACUCUGGACCGGAACCACAACUCUGCCAUCAACUCGGUGUCCUGGUCGCCUUCAGGAGUGUUCGUGGCCAGUGUGGAGAAAGGAAGCCGGGCCAUCCUGUGGUCUGACAUGUGAUUGGCUGGAGUCCUGAUGAUGAAGAAGAGCAGGACGUUUGUGUUGAAGAUGGAGCUCCUUGUUGUUGAACUCAGACUGAACUCAGACUGAAUCAGACGUGUUGAACUCUUCAUGUUGAACGUAAACACAGAUUGAAUCUAAUGUUUACGUUUUAUUUUUGGACGCUUUGAGAAGCUUUUAAUGUGUUUUAAUUCAAACUGCCUCCACAAUGUUUAAAACGUCAUCAAGCUGGAAGAGUAAAUAAUAAAGUCUUUAUUAACGAUUA